UUGACAUAAUAUGGGCUACUAAAGCGAUGGCAAAUUUUAGUGAGUGAGUCCUUGUUCUGAGUUACGUUCCGAAUGUUAUAUGUGGUUUAAAACAAACAAAAAAGUAAACAGUGCUCCACCCCCAGCAAGUGACGCCCACUGACUGGCUUAUACAACAGACGUUUUUAACAAAACCUAACACUUUUCUUCGUCACACGGUUUCUGCACUGAAUUUUCAUUUUUUGCUUGUCGUUUCUUGCAACUAUGCAUCAGUGCUGGCCAAAGCAUAUAGCAGUGCUGCUUGUUCUGGUUGUCUACCAGUGUGUCUCAGCUGACAGCGACACAUUGGCUCCAGCAGAGGUCCUACAGAACAACGGCACCUUGUAUGCAGCAUGUAAGAUGAGACCAAGCUCCUCGCUGGCUGAGGGUUUACCCAAAGUCUACGGCCAAGUCCUGUUCAAGCAGGAUUAUCCUCACGGAAAGCUCAAAGUCCUCCUGCGCUUUCACGGCUUCCCCGGGGGGAACGAGCCAAGGGCAGUGCACAUCCACCAGUAUGGAGAUCUGCAGCAGGGGUGCGGCUCCACCGGGGGACACUACAACCCUCGAAGUGUUGAUCACCCUAACCACCCGGGAGACUUUGGACACUUUGUUCCUCAGCAAGGUAAAAUCUAUGCAAUGUUCGAGUCUGAGGCCACGCUGUUUGGGGGUUUGUCUGUCCUUGGAAGAUCAGUGGUGGUCCAUGAGAGGAGGGAUGACUUUGGACAAGGGGGAGAUGCUGGCAGUCUGCUGCAUGGAAACGCAGGUCGCAGGCUGGGCUGCUGCGUUAUUGGCAUUUCCUCUCCCAAUCUCUGGAAUAUGUACUAUCAGCAGAUCAAUAGGCAUGUGCAGAGAAUUUAAUCCCACAUUACUGCAGAUGUUCUAACACUAGCUAAUUUAAAGCAUUUAAAUGUAUAGUUCGGAUUUUUUGACAUGAAGUUGUAUGACAUCCCCAGCAACUCACCGGAACUACGUUUCUCUUCACGGAAAUCUGACCAGAACUGGGCUCAAGGGACCAAGUGGGGGUUAAGUCACUGUUAAUGGACUAUACUGCUGAUGAGGAUAUCAUACGUCAUGUCAAAAAAUCCAAACUAUCCCUUUAACUUCAGGACAUGGAUCUUGGUUUUUUCUGCUUUUUCGACUCAGCAAACCAGUAUGAAAACUACAGUGUGGGCCAUAAGUUUCCAUACAUUGGAAAAUGUAUAUUUUUUAUGUUUUAAAUCAGAUCCCCAGAUCUCUCACCUCUUGAUUUCUAUCUAUGGGGGCACUUGAAGGCCAUGGUGUAUCGCCAAUGCUAUUAUACACUAAGCAUAACUUCAACUGUGCUAAUGCAAGUUCAUCAACAGUGGAAAACACAUGAGUUUUCAAAACAACGUUAAUCAUAUAGAGCACAGUACAGUAUAGAAAUAAAAACGGUUGUUCAAUGCGAAUGAUUAUUUUUCCCAUGCAUGGAAACUUAUGAACCACCCUGGACUUUAUUAUGCAGAAAUGUAUGUAUUUACAUACAGUACACACAUACAGUAGCACUAGACUUUGGUGAGUUAACACUUUCACCACAACAAGUGGCAUCAUAACAGUUUUCUAUAAAUUAACUACACAAAACAGUGUAGUUAAAGCAUUUCAAUUGAAAAUGUUUGGAAUAAAUUGUACAACUGCACCAUUUGAGUUUGGUUUUAAAUGGUACUUUUUUCAUGGGUUUGGAUUUAAAUUUUAUAUAUUUAAAGAACAUGUCUCUUUUUUCUUUUUUUUUGAGUGGUGGGUUUAAUUUAAAGGAUCAUCCCAUAAAUAAAACAGGCAAUAAUCAACAAAUGUAUAUUUUUUUAAAAUCCUUGCACCGACUACCUUGUAAAAUGGCAUGUACACAAGUUAUGUGAAUAUUUAGAACUUGCUCUACUGUUGUUGUUAAUGCUUUUACCAGAAGACUGUCUGUUAUCAUCAUGGAGCUUAUUAGAUGGGCAUUCAACUAAAUUUCCUUGAUUAAUCGACUCAUUGUUUUUGUUGUAACAAUUGUAUAUAUUUACUAAUGUAUAUCAUUUUUACACAUACUGUAUGUUACUGAUACACCAUAUUGACCCGUCUAUGAAAUGACCUUCAAUAUAAGGCGGCCCACCUUUUUCAAGACCCAUUCUUAGAAAAAUAUUUUAGGACAAAAUGAAUUUUUUUUUUUUUUAAUCUUAAAACCACAGACUACUGUAAUAACAGCGCCUUUGCUGGUUGCAGCAACAUAGCGUGCCCCAUUUUGCCUCAAGAUGUGAUUAAUGGAUUAUUUUUAUGCCUGUCCCUAUUUGCUACGUAACAUCAUUUUAAUGUUCCAGCUUCUGUGUCCAUGCUUUGUAGUGAGUUGUAUUGUUGGAGUGUCCUGUCCCUUACUGCCGUUGCCAUAACAAAUUAUAUGUUCUAGUUUCUACAACAGUGUUCACCAACCUUUUAGAGCCCAAGAUCCCUGGUCUCAGACAUGAACCUGUACAAGAUCUACCCCUCCCCCCCAAAAAAACCCCCAGGAUCCUGGCACAUAUAGAUAUAAAAAAAAUAUAAUAUAUAUUUAAAUGAUUAUAUACACUCCUGAUCAAAAUCUUAAGACCAGUUGAAAAAUGUCAUUUUGAAUUUGCAUUUUGCACAUUUGGUUCUUAAUGAGGUUUUAAGAAGAGAUACAAUAUGCAAAAACAAAAAGGGGGAGUGAGACAAAAAGCAUUUUGAAGAAGUAAUUUAUUGAAAACAACAAUUAAACUGAAAUAGGCUGUUUAUCAGCUGAUCAAAAGUUUAAGACCAUCGCUCAACAAAUAACAAAAAACUCUCCAAACCAUAACAAAAAAUGUUCCCAGUAGGACUCAGUAAUGAGUAGCUCCACCGCUCUUGUUAAUCACUUCAAAAUUGGUUUGGGCAUGCUUGAUGCAAGUGUUUCCAGGAGGCUAGUGGGAACAUUGAUCCAAAUGGUGAAGAUGGCUUCACAAAGGGCAUCAACUGUCUGGAACUGAUGGCCAUUUUUAUAAACUUCCCUUGCCAUCCAUCCCCAAAUGUUCUCUGUGGGAUUUAAAUGAGGGGAACAUGCAGGAUGGUCCAAAAGAGUGAUGUUAUUCUCCCUGAAGAAGUCCUUGGUCAAGCGAGCAUUGUGAGCUGCAGUGUUGUCCUGUUGAAAAACCCAGCUGUUACCACACAGACGAGGGCCCUCAGUCAUGAGGGAUGCCCGCUGCAACAUCUGCAUCCGUUUGACCUGACCCUGCACCACAUGAAGCUCCAGUGUUCCACUGAAUGAAAAAGCACCCCAGCUCAGGUGUGAUUUUUUUGGGUCUACCACGUGACUUUUUUCUUCCAUAAUGCUCAGGAUCUUUAAAAAAAUGUAGAACGACUGAUUUACUGCUCCCAACCUCAACAGCAAUGGCACGCUGCGAGAGGCCUUGCUUAUGCAGCUCCACAAUCCGACCACGUUGAAAAAGAGAAAGCUUCUUAGCUUUAGCCAUCAGGAGGGCAUGACAGUGUCAAUGCCUGACAGAAAAUGAACAUUUUGAGCAGAUUUGGGCUUUUAUAGUGGUCUUAAACUUUUGAUCACCUGAUAAACAGCCUAUUUCAGUU